AUGAGUGGUGUUCUAUAAGAAAAAAAUAGUGAACAUGUUUAAUGCACUCGAAAACUAGUUUUGUUUACAGCAGUAAAACUGUAAAAUCAUCUGUAAAACUAGUAUGUAUUUAAAUGUAGAGUAGCUUUAUGAAUAACAGUAAAAGAUUUUUAAAAACAAAGAAAACAACUCUCAGACUGAAUUCUGUCACAUAAAAAUAACAUUUGGUGGCAGGAACGCUAAUAGAUCUAUUUUUUUUUUUAAUUUAUUUUGUUAAGAAUAUAUACAGCAAAACAUGCAUCAGUUCAACAGUUUCUACAUGUAUAAUUCAGUGACACUGAUUACAUUCUUCGAGUUGUGCAACCAUUCUCACCCUCCUUUUCUGAGUUGUUCUCCCUCAUUAACAUAAACUCACUGUCCCCUAAGAUUCCUAUUUAAUCUUUCGAGUUGCUGUUCUUACUUUGAUCCCAUGUACAUAGUUCAUAAAACAGCAUAAUGCUUAAGGCAGACUUUUCUUUUAACUAGUUAAGCUAAACUACUGUUUGGUUUUAAGAAGACUUUAGAAAAUAUUUUUAGUUUAAGUUUUAAAGAUUAUGUCAGGUGAGUAGUUUCAGGAGUUCAUUCAGCCCCCAUGGCUCCAGAAAGUCUGGAGUCCAUGAGAAUUUGAAAUUCUGGUCUGUAUGUUCCCCCUUUUGAUCAGGAUUAUUCUAUAGAAUUGAUCAAAAUGUUCAGUAAUUGUAAUCUAAUAGAUCUGUUUUAUGAGCUUGCUUAAGUACCAAUUCUCUGACCUUUUAGGUGCCCCAACAGCAACUUAUACUCAAGGUUUACUUGUGGCAAAUACCGCAGUGUUUUAGCAGCAGAAUUCUGUUACUCUUCUAGUUUGUCGACGUUGGACAAGAACAGCCAUUAACAGGCCAGAUAUCACAGACACAGAAAUGGAGACUGUUAUGGACACUAUUGUUGACAGCCUCUUCUGCUUUUUUGUUACACUGGGUGCUGUACCUAUAAUCAGAUGCUCAAGAGGAACCGCAGCAGAAAUGGUAGCAGUGAAACUAGAUAAGAAACUCCGGGAAAAUCUAAGAGAUGCAAGAAACAGUCUCUUCACAGGUGACACACUUGGAGCCGGCCAGUUCAGCUUCCAAAGGCCUUUAUUGGUCCUUGUUGACAGAAACAUAGAUUUGGCAACUCCUUUACACCAUACUUGGACAUAUCAAGCUUUGGUGCAUGAUGUACUGGAUUUCCACUUAAACAGAGUUAAUUUGGAAGAAUCUUCAGGAGCAGAAAAUUCUCCAGCUGGUGCCAGGCCAAAGAGAAAAAACAAGAAGUCUUAUGAUUUAACUCCAGUUGAUAAAUUUUGGCAGAAACAUAAGGGAAGUCCAUUCCCAGAAGUUGCAGAAUCAGUUCAGCAAGAACUAGAAUCUUACAGAGCACAAGAAGAUGAGGUCAAACGACUUAAAAGCAUCAUGGGCCUAGAAGGGGAAGAUGAAGGAGCUAUAAGUAUGCUUUCUGACAAUACUGCUAAGCUAACCUCGGCUGUUAGUUCUUUGCCAGAACUCCUUGAAAAAAAAAGACUUAUUGAUCUCCAUACAAAUGUUGCCACUGCUGUUUUAGAACAUAUAAAGACAAGAAAACUAGAUGUAUAUUUUGAAUAUGAAGAAAAAAUAAUGAGCAAAACUACUCUGGAUAAAUCUCUUCUGGAUAUAAUAUCAGACCCUGAUGCAGGUACUCCAGAAGAUAAAAUGAGGCUGUUUCUUAUCUAUUACAUAAGCACACAGCAGGCACCUUCUGAGGCUGAUUUGGAACAAUACAAAAAAGCUUUGACUGAUGCAGGGUGUAACCUUAAUCCCUUACAAUAUAUCAAACAGUGGAAGGCUUUUGCAAAGAUGGCCUCAACUCCUGCCAGCUAUGGCAACACUACAGCUAAAUCAAUGGGUCUUUUAUCACGAGUCAUGAAUACAGGAUCACAGUUUGUGAUGGAAGGAGUGAAGAACCUGGUAUUGAAACAGCAAAAUCUACCUGUUACUCGUAUCUUAGACAACCUCAUGGAGAUGAAGUCAAACCCUGAAACAGAUGACUACAGAUAUUUUGAUCCUAAAAUGCUACGGGGCAAUGACAGCUCAGUGCCAAGGAACAAAAAUCCAUUCCAAGAGGCAAUUGUUUUUGUGGUAGGAGGAGGCAACUACAUUGAGUAUCAAAAUCUUGUUGACUACAUAAAGGGGAAACAAGGCAAACAUGUUUUAUAUGGCUGCAGUGAGCUUUUUAAUGCUACACAGUUCAUAAAACAGUUGUCCCAACUUGGACAGAAAUAAUACAGAAGAACCUAAAUAUGAGAAUAAUCUACUUGGAACUUGGAUAAGUGUAAAAAGAGCCAGAUGUUUCCUUCUCCAUAAUAAUGUCCUAACAGUGAAACUUAGUUAUUUGAUAAUUUUUCAGGAAAUUCUAUACUUAAUAUAAUGUAUACUGAUUAAAAGAAUAAAGCAUUUCAGAAAUUAAUUUCUUAAAUUGUACAUUUUCUCUCCUGUUAUGUUUGACAACAGGGUAAGAAAGUACUUUGGAAAGAAGGAAAUUUCUAUCUGAAUAUAAUGCUGAAAUAGCAAUAUAAUAACAAUAGGUUAUGAUUGAAACUGGUGAAAAGUUAAGAAUAGAAAUACAUAGGUGACUCGACUGGUUCACAGAUCACCUACCUGUAUGCAUUUUAAUCAAUACUGCAUGGCCACCUCCUUAUUGUUUGUUAAUUUCCCAGGUUUCUCUAGAUUUUAAGGUGGAUUUUAGAGCCACUUUAAUGUCCCCCCUUCCCCUGGCACACCUAUGUAAAAUCCCUCCUUAAUACAGUGGUCACAGUCACACACUAACAAGAUCUGGGAUGGACAGAUACAAAGCAUUUAUACCAUAAAGUUCUAGAAAAUAGGUAAAAGCAAGCCAAUUUCUCCAAAGAAAAAACCAUUCCGAUUGAUUAUGCAGGCCAGGGAGCUUUUCCUCCUAAUGAGCGCCUUCAAGAAGGAUCUGUACUGUUAUAGACAACAUGCUAACAACAGGUACAUCAACAGUGAUUCACAGGACUGUUUCUUUCAGCCUCACCCUCCGUGAGCCAAUGCCAACCUACCAAAGCACAGGUCAAGAAAAAUCUAGUUUGAGAGUGCUCUGCUAAUCUGACUUAAUCCUGGGAUAAAAUUUAAAGUAUCUGUAAGUGAUGUAGAGGGAAACCCUGGUGGCAUAGUGGUUAAGUGCUACGGCUGCUAACCAAAGGGUCGGCAGUUUGAAUCUGCCAGGCGCUCCUUGGAAACUCUAUGGGGCAGUUCUACUCUGUCCUAGAGGGCCGCUAUGAGUCGGAAUCAACUCAACAGCACUGGGUUUGGUUUUUUGGUUUUUUGGUCUUUUUUUUUAGUGAUGUAGAACACAUCUAUCCUAUGUAGCCAGUUAAAAGGAAAACUAUAUGCCUGGAAAAUGAAAAGCCUAAAAAGAACACAGUCGUAGAACAGAAAACCUCCCACCUCCACCUGAAUAUGGGUUGAAAGAAGGAAUUUGGGGUUGGAGUUCAGAUUUUCUUUAGGAAACAAAAAUUUUAAUACAUUUCAAUACAGACAAAAAGUGUAACCAGGGUACUAAAGUCUCAUUAGGAAAGUAGUUGCCAGUGAGUCAGCUCUGACUUAUGGCAACCCCAUGUGUGUCAGAGUAGAACUGUGCUCCAUAGGGUUUUUCAAUGGCUGAUUUUUUAGUAGACUGCCAGGCCUUUCUUCUAGUCGUACCACUGGGUGGACGAGAACCUCCAACCUUUCAAUCAGCAGCCAAGCACAGUAACAUUUGCACCACUUAGGGACCCCAAAAUUCCAUAGUACCAAUAAUUAAAGCCUGAAAAAUUCUUACAUCAAAUGUAACUAAACAUCUACCUCAAGGAGGGAAAAAAAAAAAACUCAUUAAACAUUUUAAGAAUUUAUAGUAUUUUAAGGCAUUACCCCAUUUGUGUUUUAAAAAGACAA